AAGUCUACAUAUACAUAGCAAAGACUAGAGAAGGGAAAGGGAUUGCCUACAAAAUGAAGGCAACAGUUUUGUUAUUUGUAUUCCUCCUGAACAUACACUCAACCUUAGCAUCCGACCCAGAUCCCGCACAAGACUUUUGCAUUCCGGAAACAAAACCGGGGUCGACAAGAUCAUCCCAUCUCACAAGUUUCUCAUGCAAGAAUUCAUCAGAAGCAACUGUCAACGAUUUUAUUUUUUCAGGUGUAAAGCAUGCUGGUAACUUCUCCGCAACAGGAAUCGCAGCGACAUCGGUGAACCCGACAAAUUUUCCGGGACUAAACACGCUGGGAAUGUCAUUUGUUCGAGCAGAUCUUGGUGUUGGAAGCAUUAACCCUCCACAUUUCCACCCGCGAGCAACUGAGGUUGCACUCGUUUUAGAGGGAACGAUUUAUUCGGGAUUUGUAGAUACUUCAAACAGGAUUUUUGCAAAAGUGAUUAACAAAGGAGAAGUUAUGGUCUUUCCUAAAGGCCUAGUUCACUUUCAAAUGAAUGUAGGGGAUUCACCUGCGACGAUUUUUGGGAGUUUUAGUAGUCAAAAUCCAGGACUAAUGAGAAUUUCCACAGCCAUAUUUGGAUCUGGGAUUAAUGAAGAACUCUUGGAGAAGUCUUUUGGAUUGACUAUUAGAGAGAUUGAAAGUUUAAGGAGAAGGUUCAUGCCAAAACCGUAGCACUACUACACCAAAGGAUAGCUAAACGGCCAGAAAAGGAUGCACAUAUCUUUUGAAUGAAUACAUGAAGUUGUCAAAAAAUUUCCUGUUCUAGUUCACCCUAAUUUGUUUAGCGAGUUCGUUAUCCGUCUUAACCCUGUUGAUUAUGCCGGAUUUAAUUAGCGAACGUAGACCGUGCGCUGCCAAGACUUAAGACCCAAUGUGAAAGAGAACAUGUUAAAAGUUUACACAUGAAAUCAUUUUUCCCACUACUUGAAAGAAAAGGAGUGAAGAAAUUAUUAGAGUGAUAAUAAAACUUCAAAUGCACUCAAGAAAA